AAAGUAACGAUAGCUAGCAUGGAGCUCCUGUGCAGUCACUGCGAAAGUCCCAUAGAGAGACAAGCCAAAGGGUAUAAAAGGAAGUCUUUAUUGACAUUAAUCGAUUUGAAGAGCGCAGAGAAACUCUUCCCGGGUUUAAACCCCCGUGAGGCGUUUCUAUGUUUCUCUUGUGUCCGUCAGGUGUACCAGAAAACUAAGAAAAACGGUAAAAGGCGUGUUUUUGUGGACCCAAACGCCCCCUCUUGUGCGGCUCCUUCAACCCGGCCUGCCUCCUCUAUUCCGGGGGAACCGCCGCCUCUGAAGAAGCUCAGGAAAAGACUCAAAACUCAGAUGAACGAGCACGACUAUGCGACCCAGGACAAGGACCCCGGAUCCCGUAGACCUCCGGCGGCCAGACGCCUCCGCCGAGGGCCGGUGUCCCAGGUGAGUGGGUUCCUGAGGAGGAGGAACUUCAGCUCCGCUCUGAACCGCCUGCUGCAGGAGUCCGGCUUCAGAGAGGCUCUCAUCAAAGUGUGCGGGAAAAUUAUUUCUAACGAGCGUAAACAGAUGGUGAACGACCUGGAGGGGCCGUUCAGAAAGCCCUUCAGCCCUGAGAACCUGUCUGCCUUCAGCUGGGAUCAGACUACUUCCUGGGCCGAGGGUAAGGCUCCUCUGACUGUAGCCUGCCUCCGGUCCAUGUUCCCCCCCGCCAAAAAGAUCCAGAAACUGACCGUCAACUACAGUCCUGGGAACAAACCACGGCGGAUGACGGAGGAGGAGGUGAAGCAGAUGUUGGAGCGCAGGAUCUGCCUCCUCCUGUCCGUGCCUCUCUACACCAGCUCCCUCAGGUCCUGCUUCCUGCAGACGGCCUUCAGCGUGGAGAUGCUGCGUCACCGCUGCCCCGUCACAAUCUUCUCCGUCACCAACAGCCUCGGCCUCUCGAUGUCCAAAACCACCGCCAGGAUCCACGUCCGGAAACUCGCAGAGGAGCACGAGCGAACGGUGAAGCGGUGGAGAGACGAAAUCCAGGUGAGGGGA